AAAGAGGAACUGGUGGCUUGAGAACCGUUGUAUGUGUUUGUCUCAGCAGCUGCCUUCUUUCCCAUCUGUUCAGUUUGCACCAAGCUCUCUGGCUGCGACUUAGGGCUGGCGUGUGGCUGGGGCUGUCUGAGCCAUGAACAGCCUCAGGGGUGCUAUCCUCUUCUGGGCAGUAGUAGUGUGGGCUAAAACGGACAAGCCUUUGGGAGAGACAAAUGAGGCUGGAUUUCAAAAAUGCAAGAAUGCGUUAAAACUACCUGCUCUAGAAGUCUUACCCGGAGGGGGCUGGGAUAACCUGCGGAACGUGGACAUGGGACGGGUGAUGGACCUGACUUACAGGAGCUGCAGGACCACGGAGGAUGGACAGUACAUCAUCCCCGAUGAAAUUGUCAGCAUCGCCCAGAAACAGAGCGACCUAGAGAUGAACUCCGAAAUCCUGGAGUCCUGGGUGAAUUACCAGAGCAGCACCUCCUUCUCUAUCAACUUGGAGCUUUCCCUCUAUUCCAAGGUCAAUGGCAAAUUCUCCUCUGAUUUCCAGAAGAUGAAGACCCUUCAAGUGAAAGACCAAGCUAUAACUACACGGGUUCAGGUAAGAAACCUGAUCUACACGGUCAAAAUCAACUUAGCUUCAGAACUAAGCUGGAAGUUUAAGAAGGAGCUCAUGGACAUCUCUGACCGCCUGGAGAACAACCAGACGCGGAUGGCCACCUACCUGGCAGAGCUUCUGGUCCUCAACUAUGGCACCCACAUCAUCACCAGUGUGGAUGCUGGAGCUGCUCUCAUCCAGGAGGACCACAUCAGAUCCUCAUUCUUACAGGACAGCCAGAGCAGUCACAGCGCUGUGACCGCAUCUGCUGGGAUUGCCUUCAUGAACGUCGUGAACUACAAAUUUGAGGAGAACUACACGUCGCAGAGUGCCCUCACCAAGAGCUAUCUCUCAAACCGAACCAACUCCAGGGUGCGAAGCAUCGGAGGGGUUCCUUUUUACCCAGGCAUCACCCUCCAGGCCUGGCAGCAGAACAUCACCAACAACCUGGUGGCCAUAGACCGCGAUGGCCUGCCUCUACAUUUCUUCAUCAACCCUGACACGUUGCCUGAGUUGCCAGGGCCCUUGGUGAAGAAGUUGUCCCGGACGGUGGAGGCUGCCGUGAGGCACUAUUACACAUUCAACACCUACCCUGGAUGCACAGAUGUCAAUUCGCCCAACUUCAAUUUUCAGGCCAACACUGAUGAUGGCUCUUGCGAGGGGAAAAUGACCAAUUUCUCCUUCGGAGGAGUUUAUCAGGAAUGCACCCAGCUGUCAGGGAAGGAGGUUGCCCAGCUCUGCCAAAACUUGGAGCAGAAGAAUCCCCUCACUGGUGAUUUCUCCUGCCCCUCUGGCUACUCCCCAGUCCGCCUGCUGUCCCAGAUCCACGAGGAAGGUUACAACCACCUGGAGUGUCAACGGAGAUGCACCCUCCUCAUCUUCUGCAAGACGGUGUGUGAAGAUGUGUUCCGGGUGGCAAAGGCUGAAUUUAGGGCUUUUUGGUGCGUGGCGAGUGGCCAAAUGCCAGAAAACUCAGGACUGCUUUUCGGGGGCCUCUUCACUGGUAAGAGCAUAAACCCUUUGACAAAUGCACAGUCCUGCCCGGCUGGCUAUUUUCUACUGAGACUUUUUGAAAACCUCAAGGUAUGUGCCUCUCAGGACUAUGAGUUGGGAUAUAGGUUUUCCGUCCCCUUUGGUGGGUUCUUUAGCUGUGCAGUCGGAAACCCCUUGGUAAAUUCUGCCAUAGCCGAAGAUUUAGGGGCACCUUCUCUAAAAAAGUGUCCCGGGGGCUUCAGCCAACACCUGGCCCUCAUCAGUGAUGGUUGCCAAGUGUCCUACUGUGUCAAGGCUGGGCUUUUCACAGGAGGGGCUCUGCCCCCUGCCAGGCUCCCACCUUACACCACACCACCCCUCAUGAGUCAGGCUGCCACCAACACUGUCAUCGUGACAAAUAGCGAGACGGCGAGUUCCUGGAUUAAAGACUCCCAGACCCACCAGUGGAGGCUGGGGGAGCCGUUAGAGCUGCGCAGGGCCAUGGGGGUCAUCCGCGGGGACGGCAGUGGUCUUUCGGGAGGGGUAGCAGCUGGGGUCACAAUGGGGGUCACCACUGUCCUGGCAGCCGCCAUUGCCCUGGCCAUCUAUGGCACCCGGAAGUACAAGAAGAGGGGCUACCAGGCAUUGGGGGACGAGAGGCAGAGUUUGGCAGCGGGCUCUGCAGAGACGGGGGGCGCCCCUGACCAAGAGCAGGAGCAGAGUCCGGCCUAAAUCUCUCCCAGGAAACAUCUCUCUCGUCUCUGCAAGCAUGCCUUUCAUCCCUUCACUCUUCACUUCCGCCUUCUUGAGGACUGGCGUGGCAGGUGCAAGAAAAAGCAGGUAUAACUUUGUGACUUCCUUAGGGCUCCCGGCCAUGAAGUGAACAGAGCUGCGUGGACAGGGUUGGGGUGGGGUAGGAGAGCCAACGUGACUUUUUAAGCCAAAGUCAUCAUGGGGGCUAAAACACGAAGGGGGUAUCUUUUCUCUGUGUGCAUCGUUGAUUAUCUUCACCUGAAUACAUACGUGAGAAAAGAGAGGGGGGAGCGUGUUGACCUUUGGAUUUGGAGACCAUGCAUUUAAUCUGAGAUUGGCCACGGUUUCCAGUUCACGAGCUGUAAGACAUUCUGUCUGUAAGUGUUAACCCUCCUACUGUUUUGAUUUUUUAAAAAUCUCUCUGGAGUUCAUGCUCCUGGAGGCUGAAAUUUCCACCAGAAGAUACGGGAAGUCCCGCCUAGCCACUGAUUUUCACCGUUGAGGGCUCUGUACUGAUGGACGGGGUCCUCUCAAGCUCAUCUGAACAGCAAGAUGUUGUCUCUACUAAGUCCACGUUUUCCAGCCUUCCAGCCACAAUCCAGACUCACUCAGACCAGGUCACUCUUGGACUUCAGACUGUCAUAAAGUCCUCAAAAAAAUAUUUUAACUUACAAUCUUCUAUUAGGAGGUCAAGAGAGAAGGGAUGGUUUGGAGACAAGGCAUAAGUUAAAAAAAGGGUGAGAACUGGACAAGAUCCUGGCACUCAGGGUAAACUGGUUACCCUUAACCACCUCCCUGGCUUAUGGAGCUGCAGAUUGGGGUAGAACAAGCAUUACAGUUUCCUGGGCUCUGUUACCAGAGGGGUAACAGAGGGGCCUGCUUCGUCCAUGAGGGGCCCUUCCCCCUUCUGUCCUCGCAUCACGUGUACACCCCCCCAAACACACAGGUGUGCACCCUCCGAACACCCCCCCAAACACACAGGUGUGCACCCUCCGAACACCCCCCCAAACAUACACACAUACUCCAAACACAUGUGCGCACACACACCCCCACCCUCUCCCCACACACCACAUUCCAACAAGAAGUCUGCAUUUUUCUAGGGGCAGGAGACAAAGUAAGCCCACACCUAAGUAUUAUUUCCUCCCUAAAACAAAACAGAGCAGAACCUACCAAUUAUGUACCCUACCUUUGUCUUUUUUUUCCCCCAGCAGAAAAGGGCCUGACAUGAUCAAAUCUAUGUUUUUAAAUGAAACAAAAAAGGCAUCCGACACCAUUUGUGAUACAUUUAUUUCAGUUCCAGGCUGACCUCCCUCAGGCACGCAGCAGGAUGCAUGAGUAUUUCCUGGCAUUUGGGGCUUUGCGCAACUUUCUUUCUUUCUUUUUUCUUCCUUUUUUUUUUUUUUUUUUUUUAGGUGGGAGGCUUGGCCCAAUUUUUAUACCAGCCUCACCGAAUUGUAAUGAUUAAGGUGAGUCUAUUAAUACUUCUCCACGACACUAAAAAAAAAUUUUUUUUAUUAAGUAAAUUCUACUCCCGACGUGGGGCUUGAACUCACAAACCUUGGGAUCAAGUGUCACAUGCUCUACACACUGAGCCAGCCAGGCGCCCCUUCUCUACAACAUUUUUAAUAGUUACAUAUCUCCUCACUGAAUCAGAUGCCACGAAUGAGUUAAUUUUUAUGAAGGAUAAUCUGUCCUCACCUCGUUAACAUUCACAAUCACGAGUUUAGGCUUACAUAAAUCCUUCUGAGGAGCCUGCAGCAUCCCAGCCUGUGGGAUGAUGGGAAGGAGGCUACUCGUUCGUCUCACCCUCACACUCACACUCACACUCAUCCCCGACUGCCCAGCUGCCAACACUGAUUUCUGCAACCUCGUCUCUGAACCCUGCCACUUAAGCAUUAAAAUAUUCUCCUAAACCUCUGGGGGUUUUGUGGGUAAAUUUCAGCUGAACUAACCACUUUUUUUUUUGCAAAUUCCCCUGUGAAUUCCUUGAAGAUGACUGAGAGAGACAAAGUACAGCUAAGGGCUCUCGGACUUUUAAUGCUAACUGCCCUUUGAAAUAAAAGUUCUUCACAAACUUACAUUUCUAACAAAAUUAUGCAUAAGUAUGCAUUAAAAUGUGUACUUAAGAAACACGCCGUCUGACUGCUCACCCACAGGAAAUGAAAAUGCGGGAGUUUGCAGUUUUCGGGUCAUUUUGCAAAGUCAGAACCCAGAGCAGGAAUUUCACAGGCUCUGCUGCCUUGACCCAGGAGCUCAGGCUGGGCUCUGUGGGAAGACGAACCUCGGCUUCGCGAAAACAACACUCUCUAGACUCUCAGAAAAAGAGACACAUUUGGGUGAUCAGGGCAGCUUUGCAUUUGCAUCUUGUGUUCGUGUUAGUGUCGGGAUGAUUAAUACUAAGUAUUUAUUUGAGAAACGACAGCCUGCAAAUUACUGAAACAUACGCUACAUAGUAGUCAGGUGGAGGAAACUGUAAGAAACAUGCUUGUUUUUUAAGGCGGUGUUUCCCACAUAGAUUCACAUUUCCCCCAUCGUGGCCGUGGGCGCCGUCUAGAUCUUGAGAGGAACAAGAAGUCAAGCCGGGUCCCUUGGUCAAAUGUGUGGGUGGAAAAGAUGUGGGGGGGAAAAAGAGAAAAGGGACUCCCCCACCCCAUCUUGGGGCUUGUGGUUGCUUACAGGUCGGGGAGGCGCCCCACAUGCCUCACAUCUGUAAAAAGCAGAAGGUUAACAGCAAUUUGUGGUUGUUCACUUGCCAUUUAUUGUUCUGCACAUACACCUCAUGAGCACCAGGUGGCGAUGUCCUCUCACAGAGCAACACCAAGGAGUUCAAAACACACCAGCUACAAAGAUUUACAUUAGGACAUUCACCUUCCCUCUCCCAGAAAACCCCCACUCAAUUGCCAGUGAUCACAGACAAGAAAAGGGGACAGGGCCCUUUCUUGUACCACACGGGGCCUGCCCCCUACCCUCUCAUGCACACAACAGUGCAAUAACAGGACGAGUACUUUUGACCAAGUGUAAAACCACAGAGAAGUCCAAGUUUUACAAAAAAGGUAGAGGAAAGGGUAUGAAACACAAAGGCACACACCACCACAUAUACACAAGUAACCUUUAAGGGAUGCACAUCUGACAGAGUUUGUCCUCAAUCCCAUUUGUCACCCCUGGAGACUCAGGAAGGGAGAAAGUAGGCUGCUGGUGCAUGAAAGGAAAGGCAUGGGAUUCCCCUCGCGGGCCAUGAGACACAGCGGGAACAGCAGUGGUGGGAAAACAUCCUAUGUCGGAGGGGUGGGUGCUCAGGACCCUUGCUGGCAGGGUUCUCACUGAGCCCGAGACUGCGCCUUGCCAGGCUGGCCCAGAGAAAGGGCAAAGGGACACCCCCGCCUUGCCUGGCACAGUGUUAGAAAGGAGAUUCAAGAUCCCUUCUGCCUAGAAAGCCCCCCAGAAGAACAGCAUUAGGAUGAGGUCGCGCCUAUGGAGCAUCCUCAGGGAGGAAGAGACCCGGGGCACAGACAUAGUCAGCAUCCUAGACAGGGAAGGCUUGAAGGUAUGAAGACUUGCUCUCAAAGUGGUUAUUGCCCCUGGCUCCCUGCCUGGUCCAUCCUCAGUCCUCUCCCUUCUUCGCUCAGCUGUCCCCUGCCCCGCCCACCCCUUCUUCUGCCUGCUGCAGGGAAACCAGCCUUUCCCCGCUGACCACUGCCAGUUGUCAGAGUGUAUUUUCUUCCUCUCCCCACCUACUCCACAGCUGUGUGUUUCUACCCACCGACCCUCAAUCUGUGUCCUGAUUCCUGUGGGUGAGAAGCUCAGCAGACACUUGACCCGGGUCUCCCGCUGAAGGUGGAGAUGGUACUAAGUCUACAGUGAGGCUCUUCAAUGAUCUCUGGUACACAGUAGCCGGGCAGAGGGCACAGGGUGUGAUAUUAAACACCGCAGUGAUGUCCCUUCCACUGAGUUCAUAUGUUUCCUCCCUGACUGUGGCAGGAAACUGUGCCCUGUGGUGCAGUGAACUCAGGUCCAACGUCCUGGUCCAAAGGUGAGAUGAGAUGGCGGCUGGCUGACGGGAGAAACUGGACCUAAGGUGUCACAGGAACAAUUCCUCCUAUCAGAGCUCCCUCUGCUGGAGCCAGUUAGCAUCCUGAUAGCCAUUUGGAGAAUGAGGAAAGGCUCAGCGCCAGCAUGUCCCAAGGAACUGGGUGACACUCAGGGGAACCCACUGGCCACAUGAAUGUCAAAACGGCUGUGGGCGAACAGCAAGCAGCUACGGAGCCAGUUCGCAGGAAAGCCUGGCUUCAGGUUCUAACUUAAGUACCAUUUCUGAAGGUUCUUUUGUUUCCAUUUUGUAGCAUCAAAAACUUUCCAAAUAUUAUGAAAUAUAUAUGGAUAUAUAUACGUCAAACCCCCAAAACAUGAGGUAUAUAAAUUCAAAUUAGUAUCCAGAGGAACUUCCCUCAAACAUAUAGUUCAAAGAACCCACUUUCCAAGGGGGAAUCGGGUUUCCCUUCUGGAUCCCCCUUCUGUCCUCCCUGACCCCCAAUUCAUUCCUUAAGGGAAGUGAAAAGCAAGAGGGAUGCUGGAGAGGGGACAGAGUCUUGGGACACAACCCAAAUGCAGGUUGGACUGGACCAUGAUGUGGUCCCAACCCUGUUAGGAAUGAGCUAAAAAGUCUCCCUCCAUGCUCUAGGUCAAUCUGUAAUAGAUGAAGGGCCCAGCACCACCUCUGAGCUCUGAUUAGCAAAUGUACAUGGAGACAGAUCAAAGCCCUCAUAGAAACAAGACUGGAUGAAUUGGUUAGAUCCAGUCUUGAAAGGGAUAUAAAAAGGGGUCAGUCCAGCCCUCACCUUACACUUCUUCACAAGCACAGUUCCUUGGGGCAUCUGGCAAGAUGCGUGAUCGUUACCAUCUGGGUCCAAGUUUUCUAUGGGAUGGGUUGCAAAGGGUGAGGAAAGUUAAGGAACCACAGCCUGAUUGGUCCGCAUCAGAACUGGAGUUUGACAGUUUGCAAAACAGAAUGGGAGAACAGGGUGGGACUGUCCACCAACCUGGCCCAGUGGCGCACACGCGCACACGCGCACACGCACACACGCGCACAUGCACACACGCACAUAUGCACAUACACAGACGGCACAGAGCCCAGCGUGGGCUCUACUCACAGUGACUUGAUGAAACUCAUGGAAUCUUUGAGCUGGUCUGGGAUGAGUUGGGAAGAAGGCUUUGGGCUCCUCUCCCUGAGGACAGUUCAGAUGCUAAGUGGGAUGCAGACUCUGGUCUGAUCAGAGAGGGGCUGGAAACAUCAUGGGAUGCCACCCCAGAGAGGAAUCCCAGAGUCCAUCCAUCCACACAAGAGAACCAGACGCCUCUUUGGACAGGUCAAAAAUGUGAGGAGGGAGGGCCCAGAGAAGCCAAGGACUAUUAUGAGAGCUGAAUGUGCUCCCCGAAGCCUUUGCCUCCCUGACCCUCUUGGCGAGAAGUACUUCCUCGCUGUACACAGAGGCAUCGAUUUCUGAUGUCACAGCAGUUUAGCGGUUCACCCCUUUGCCCCCCAAUCUUGCACAGUGAGAGCUCCUCGCCUCCAGAGAAGGAAAGAAAAGCAGAAACUCCGCUCUCAUAGGAGAGUGGAAGCAGCAAGAAGCCAGCUGAGGUACUGAACCUCAGGCUUCACAAGGCCAGGGUAUGGAGUGCCUGUGCACUGUCCGUACCCUAAGUGUGCUGACCAUGUCCCCUACUUAGGGGGGUGGGGGGGUUCCUUGCCUACCCAGCACCGAAAACUCCAUGGGAACAGACCGAGGAUGGCCCUCAUCCCUUGUCCCCUUUGUGGUGGAUGAGGUUUAUGAAUGACAUCACCUUACUCUGGCUGCCCCCUGUGGCCUGGAGGGAUGGGGGAUGUCCUGUCCCCCCCCGUCUGGGGGGGGGGACGGGACAGAAGGGGAAAUGAGAGUCGGGAGGGCAUGGCACCGACUUCCACCUUGAUUCUCCCGCUUCCCGCCCUGUGGUCCCCA